UGUGAGCCAACGCCCAUUCAACAGCCAACGCCCUUUUAGGUGGGGCUGACUCCUCUGACCUCUGUUUUGCUGGAAAAUGUCAAGUACUUAUAAAUUCAAAGGGAGAAUUGAGCACUCAGCUCCAGUAAUAGGAGACUCACUCUACCUGUGGGGAGGGGGUCAGCUUAAUUUACCUCUAGUACACGAUUCACCUCAAAAGAGGAAACUGACCUCAACAGUUGAGACAUUUUCCUUUUCAUCAGCUCGCUGGUCCUCUCACCUAACAAGAGGUACUCCUCCAUUAGGAGUCAUUGGCUACUACUGUACCACCUUUCGUUCUAAUAUUUAUUAUUAUGCUGGCUAUUGUGGUCAUGAUCUUUGUUGCUACAACAGUUUAAAUGUACUAAAUACACUGACCAUGAGCUGGACUCAAUUGCAUCCUAAUGAUGAGUCCAUGAUGAAGAAAGCCAAUGGUGGAAUGGUAUCACUGGAAUUUGAUGGAACUGACUAUCUUUUUAUGGUCGGUGGUAUGGGUCCUACACCAGCUGUCAAACACCCUCAGUUUCAAUAUGUAUAUGAUCAGAUGGGACGUGUUAUUACUAAUGAACAGUUACUUUAUAAACUAUCUAAUGGACAAUUCACUGUUCCAUCUGUCAGUGGACAUUGUUGUCCACCGAAUGGUGCUUUUACAAUCGACAAAAUUAAUCAAAAUAAGGGAAUAAUGGUUGGAGGAGCAUCAGCUAGUAAUGUGUACAUGUUUACUGUGACACGUAAUACAAUACAUUGGGAAAAUGUUACAAUAUCUGGCGAGGGACUCUGGAAUGAGAGGCUUUAUCAUGCUAGUGCUAUUAUCAAUGUUGACUCUACCUCACCUGCACUAGUAGUGAUUGGUGGAGCGAGUGGUAUCAUUGAACUAACGAAAGAAUGUUUAUUAUUUGAUAAUAUCACAACUGGUCAGUUCAGCUGUAAAAAGAUUCCUUUGCCUAAUUCUGUUACUGACAGAUAUAAUCAUUCACUCACAGCAGUCGCAAUGUCACCAAACUGUGUGUGGCUAGUAAUUGUUGGAGGAACUGAAGGGUUUAUGAAUCAUGCACCAAUCACUGAUACUAAUAGACUAAUAAUGAUAGCUGAAUUAGUAAAUAUUGAAGCUGGUGAGUGGACAGUACAGUCAGUACUGGAUGGUAAUGAUCUCACUAGUAAGAAAUAUCAAGAAAAGUAUUUAUCAUAUAGCAAGACCAGAACAUGGUGGAUGGAUCAGCUAAUAGAAUAUCCCACAGAGAAGGUAAUGAAGCUUCAGAGAUACAUCCAGUCUUUACAUCAAGAACUACAAGUGGCUCAUGAGAACAAAGUAUCACUACAGGAGGCACUGACUGAGGCCAAUAAACAAGGCUCUAAAGUCGAUGGCAGUCAACUAGUUAUUAUGAAUGAGAAAUUGGAACAGGUUUUAAAACAGAAACAGAUUCUUACUGAAGAUAACGAGAAACUUAGAGCUACAGUUGCUUAUAAUGAAGUAUAUAUAACUGAAAUAGAAGAAGAGAAGAAACAAGUAGAGGAAGAGAAGAGAAAAGUAGAAGAUGAGAAUAAACAAGCAAAGAAAGAGAAGAAGGAAGCAGAAGAAGAGAAGAGACAAUUAGAGGAACAAUACCUCAUUGACAAACAGAUCACUAAAAAACUUAAAGCUAAAGUUGCUGUUAAUGAUGUAUACAUAACUGAAUUAGAGGAAGAGAAUGAAAAAGUAGAGAAAAAAUAUCACAAGGAGAAACAGAUCACUAAAGAACUGAAAGCUAAAGUUGCUGAUAAUGAAUUGUGUACUGCCAAACUAUUGAAAGAGAAGGAGGAAUGGGAUCUAACCAAAGUGACUAACACCAAAGAAGUGCAAUUUGAUUACAUGAUCCCUUCAAUGGAUAAUUUGGAAUGUCUGAGUGAUGUCCAGGUAGCAGAGUUUUGUUUGGUUUGUAUACUGGGAGAAGAAUGGGCUAAUGGAGGAAGUAAUUGUGUCCCUAUAGCAUCAGUUAAUGGAGACACAGAGGAAGGAGAGGAGGAAGAGGAGCAACCACAACAAGAAGAGAAUGACCAGGAGGAGGAAAAUUUGCAAGAAGCAAUUGAUCAUUGGCAACAAGAGGAACUGGAGGAUAAUGAGCAUCAGCAGGUAGAGAUGGAAGAGGGAGAUGAGUAUAAAGGAGAAGAUGAUGGUUCUUCUAGUGAUUCUUCUAGUGUAUCUAAGGAGACUAACAGUACUAUAGGAACUGGUGGAGCUGCUAAAGAGUCUAAUAACGAAAAGAAUGGAUCUAAAAUAAAUGAAGGUUUAGAGCCAAUUGAUGAGCAUAGUAGCAGUACAAAACCAAUCCCUAGUUCAUCUAUGACUGAGAUACACUCCACUGGUGUAAAGGAGGCUACUAAUUAUGCUGGACUGGUAUAUUAUGAGGAAGAUGGUGUAGGAGAUUUAGUAACAUUCACUGCUGUUAAGAAAUUAGAUGCACUCCUUGAGUUUAUUAAAAAAGAACAUCCGAAAGCUAAACAAAGACCUCAUUUUUACUUUUGUAUUGCAUCUCCUGAUGGUUAUAUUGAAUUGAAUUUAAAUGCUCAACAAGAUGAACCAUUUACUGGAUGGAGCAUUAAACCUCACAUAAAAUCCUGCAGGUUGCGUCAAAGGGAUAUUUACAAUUUUGGUGACAAAGAUUAUCCCCUUCCUCCAUCAUGUCUCCUAUCAGUCUAUUCAUCACCUAAUGCUGUUCCUACAUUACACUACUCUGUACCAGUAGAGGGUGUGGCUGAUCCUGUUACACUAUAUAUUCAGUUAUCACGAAGAACUACUCUUUCUACUGCAGUUGCUCCUAGCAGUAGUGGCAAUGAUGAAGAUAAGCCAGUACCAACUAAAAGAAAAAGAGAAGGAGGAUUUGAUAUUAAAAAUGCUAAGCAAAAGAUAAAGAAAGUUAUGAUUGAGAAUCACACAGAUUUUGCUGGACUCCUCCAGUUUUCUCUGGUCCAUGUUGCUAACAAACUGUUUGAGGUUCAUAUGAUUCCUCCUGAGGUUCAACAGUCACCAACUUAUGAUGCCAUAUCCACCUGUUUUGUAAAUAUGAUGAGUUUAUUGGACUCUAAGUCUGAUCUAGAGGAUCAUUGCAUGAUAUUUCUAGAGGCUCUAUCUAGUGUUGGGGGACCAAUAGAACGUGUUGCUAAACGUUUGCGGGAAAAAUGGACAGCAGCUCUGGAGGGUGCACUUCAGUUUAAACAGUCUGUGAAAUGA